UGGUCAGCUGUGAGAACAGGAUGCGCGCCUUCAUCCUCUUUCUAUGUCUGCUGGAGGUCAAAGCUUUCAAUAUAUCAGACUCAGAGGAUCAGACGGGAGAAGAAACAUGGUGCACGGUAAAUGAAAGUGGACCGGUGUGUGUCUGCUGCGUGAUGCUCAAGCGAGUCAACCACCUGAAGACACUCUUGCAUGAGAAGCUGUCCACGCUGGAGGCUCAGUAUGCUCAAGCGCAGCGGGACAUCACUAAAUUUGUUUCCCAUCGCACGGCCUUCACCUUUGUAAUAUUCAAUGAUAAUGCUUUUAAGUGCAUCGGCCCCGUCUCCAGCGACCAAACCAUCCGCUACCAACGCCCCUUGCUGAACCUAGGGGACGCCUACGACUCACAAACCGGCAUCUUUACAGUGCUCUACUCGGGCGUGUACAGCAUGGCCAUCACCGUCUUCAGUGACACUGGUGUCCUCGGUUCGUACAAGACCUGCGCUCAUCUGCGAGUGAAUGAGAAAGUGAUGGCCAGCUCCACUGACCAACACAGUACCGACAGCGAAGACAAUGCCAGUUUUUCUCUGCUGAUGCACCUGCAGGCGGGGGACCGGGUGGACGUCCGCAUUUCUAAAGGAUGCAUGAUAUGUGACCACAGCAACUACAACAGUUUCACUGCUUUCCUGCUAACUGCAGAUUACUGACUCGCUUUUGUGCAAACUACCGUCACACUGAUCUUGACGAAAUGAAGAACUGCUAAGCUUUAUUUUUUAUUUGAAGUGAC